AUGGGGUCUGAGGGGCCCCCUGCUGCACACAGCAGAGUCCACACACCUGAACUGCAGCAGCAGCAGCAGCAGCUGCUGCUGCUGCUGCCGCGGCAGAGGCUUCCGGAAAUGCGCGCAGCGACAGCAGCCGUGAGAGCUUCUGCUCGCCACUUUGAGAGCCCCGCGCUGCUGCUGCGGCCCCGCGGCAGCAGCAGCAGCAGAAGCAGCAGCAGCAGCACACCGCGGUGCUGCUGCUGCUGCAGCAGCUCCUUGCGCCCCCCUGUGCCCCUACACCCAGCUGCUGCAGCCUCCAGCAGCAGCAGCAGCAUCAGCAGCAAAAGUAGUGCUUUGUCGGGUGCUCUGUACCCUCCGCUGGCAGGGGGCCCCCAGGGGGGCCCCCACGGGGGCCCCCACCGGCUGCUGCUGCGUUGGGGGCCCCCUGGGGUCUCCGCAGGUGCCUGGCUGCUGACGCCGCUGCCUUCUCGCUUCCACGCAGCAGCGCACUCCAGGAAGCAGCAGCAGCAGCAGCAACAGCAGCAACUGCAGCAGCAGCAACAGCAGCGGCGGCUGGAGCAGCAGCACACAGCAGCAGCAGAGGAAGUCCCCUUUCCCCUGCCUGACUGCAUUUCCUACCCAUCGGACUUUGUAGGGCCGCCUUCCCCCGCCCCUAGCAACAGCAGCAGCAACAGCAGCAGCAGCAGCAACAGCAGCAGCAGCAGCAGCAGCAGCAGCAGCAGCAGCAGCAGCAGCAGCAGCAGCAGCAGCUCUGCUGCAGCAGAGUUCCUCCCGCUGUGGGCCCGCAGGCUGCUGGCCCCUCAGCCCCAAGUUUUGUUUUUGAGAAUUUUGGCAGCAGCUCCUUUGGGCGUGAUGGCAAUGGGUGUUCAUUUGCUGCCGCCUCUCGGCCUCCCCGCUGCAGCCAGAGACCUUCUCUCGGCCCUCAUUGCCUACGCGGCGGCUCUUCUUACAGCAAAUGCAGCCGUUCAUGUUGGCCUGCAGCUCGCAGAGUUAGGGUUUCCCCCAAAGGUUUAUAAGAGAGCGGAGGCGUUUGGGUCUUUGGAUUUUGGGAGGGGUGCAGCAGCAGGUGCGCAGACACCCGAGGGCGGCGCCGCUGCCGCCGUCGGCCGUAGAGUGGAGGCAAAGCCGAAGAAGAAAGCGGGGAAAUAG